CCUUAUGCGACAUUGCGUCCUUUUUGUUGUACUGAAUAUUUCUUUACAACCUGAGCACUUUUGAGCCGUGACUAGUACCAUCAUGUCGGGAGGUCCAGCAGUGCGAGUGAGCAUCGAGUCGUCCUGUGAAAAGCAGGUCCAGGAGGUUUCCUUGGAUGGAAUGGAAACGUACGUUCCGCCUCUUUCCAUGUCCCAAAACCUGGCCAAGCUCGCCCAGCGCAUCGACUUCGGCCAGGGGUCUGACUCGGAGGAGGAGGGGACAGAAGGAGAGCCGAGGGAGCAGGAAUGGGGGAAACAGGAACCCGAAGAGGACGAAGCCACGGUAAAGUUCCAGCCGUCGCUAUGGCCUUGGGACUCUGUGCGGAACAACCUACGCAGCGCGCUGACAGAGAUGUGUGUGCUGUACGACGUGCUCAGCGUCGUCAAAGAGAAGAAAUACAUGGCCCUUGACCCAGUUUCACAGGAUGCCACAGCUAGCAAGACCCCGCAGGUGUUUCAGCUCAUCAGUAAGAGGAAGUCUCUGGCCACAGCAGCACAGGUCCUGCUAAAGGGAGCAGAGAAGUUGAGUAAAUCGGUGGCAGAGAACCAGGAGAACCGCCGACAGAGAGACUUCAACUCCGAGCUUCUGCGCCUCCGGUCCCAGUGGAAGCUUAGGAAAGUGGGAGACAAGAUCCUGGGUGACCUCAGCUACAGGAGUGCAGGGUCCUUGUUUCCUCAUCAUGGCACUUUUGAAGUAAUUAAGAACACAGACAUCGACCUGGAUAAGAAGAUCCCAGAGGAUUACUGCCCUCUGAAUGUACAGAUUCCCAGCGACCUUGAGGGAUCAGCUUACAUCAAGGUUUCAAUCCAGAAACAAGCCCCUGAUAUUGGUGACCUUGGGACAGUGAAUCUCUUCAGAAGACAACCCAAAGCUAAAGCAGGGACCCAAGCCUGGCAUGUGAAGCUGGAAGCUGCCCAGAACGUCCUCCUCUGUAAAGAGAUUUUCGCACAGCUGUCUCGUGAAGCGGUCCAGAUCAAAUCCCAGAUCCCCCACAUUGUGGUGAAGAACCAGAUCAUCUCUCAGCCGUUUCCAGGCCUGCAGCUGUCCAUCUCCUUGUGUCACUCUACCGCUGGGGACAAGAAGAAUCAGAGAGCCUCUCCAGAAAAGCCCAAACCAGAUGAUCAUCUGUAUGUGCUUGAACACAAUCUCCACCAGCUCAUGAGAGAGUUCCACAAGCAGACUCUGAGCUCUGUGGUGAUGCCCCACCCCGCCAGUGCUCCCUUCGGGCAUAAGCGUCUGCGGCUGGCGGGACCCAUGGCCUACGACAAGGCCGAGAUCGCCGCCCUGCAGCAGGGCGAGGGACUUCUGGAGAAGAUCAUCAAGCAGGCCAAGCACAUCUUCCUUCGGAGCAGGACGGCGCGGACCAUCGACAGCCUGGCCAGUCGCAUCGAGGAUCCUCAGAUCCAAGCGCACUGGUCCAACAUUAAUGACGUGUACGAGUCCAGCGUCAAGGUGCUGAUUACCUCUCAGGGUUACGAGCAGAUCUGCAAGUCCAUCCAGCUGCAGCUGAAUAUCGGCGUGGAGCAGAUUCGGGUGGUGCACCGGGACGGGCGCGUCAUCACCUUGUCCCACCAGGAGCAGGAGUUGCAAGACUUCCUUCUCUCACAGAUGUCUCAGCACCAGGUCCAUGCGGUGCAGCAGCUGGCCAAAGUGAUGGGCUGGCAUGUUUUGAGCUUCAGUAACCACGUGGGUCUGGGCUCCGUGGAGAGCAUCGGGAAUGCCUCUGCCAUCACCGUCGCAUCCCCCAAUGGAGAGUACGCCAUCUCCGUGCGGAACGGGCCUGAGAGCGGCUGCAAGGUCCUGGUCCAGUUCCCCCGGAACCAGUGCAAGGACCUGCCCAAGAGUGACGUGAUCCAGGACAACAAGUGGAACCACCUGCGCGGGCCCUACAAAGAGGUGCACUGGAGCAAGAUGGAGGGCCGCAACUUCGUCUACAAGAUGGAGCUCCUCAUGGCAGCCCUCACCCCCUGUCCCUAAACUCACCCCAGGGAGCUGGGGGUUGGAGCUGGAGGGGCUCUGCGGCACACAGCUUAGCCCGUAGACUCGUGCUGUGCAUUUGGUCAGCUCCUUCGCUGUCCUGGUGUGGCAGAAUGGCCUUUAGUCCAUUGAGGUCCAUCCAGUGCUCUGCUGUGAAAGGAACAGUGUGAGGAACAAAUGCACACAUGUACAUACGUGCACACAGAGACAAACGCACCCACAAACAAUAACACACACAGUUCAGACUCCACUGUACAGAUGACUUAAACCCGGAUUCCUGUUUGUGCCAGUUAUCAGGUUCGGCUGGCUGUGUUACAAGUGCUUGUUUAUUGUGUGACAGUUAAGUUGAAAUGGUUUGAGCAGUAAUAAGGGCAGCCGUCAUAGAAGGUCAAGGUACUUUUUCUGUUACCUCUGUGGCUUAUGGACUAGCUGGCUAAUCACCACUGCCAAAUGAAUUUAAAUAUGACUGCUGGUAGAUGGGAGAAUCUACUCCUAUCUCACUGAGUUUGGACAUUUUCUUCUAAGGCUUUCAAAGACUGUUUCCUGAUGUAAUAUAAACAAGGUUUCACAUAACAUACUGGAACAGUUCAUGUUUUCUCAAUGUAAUCUUA